GACGGCAGCAUAUCAAACGAAAGCGUACAACUGCGGUGGUCUGCUAAAGUGUUUAAAAUAGUCAUCGUUGGCGUAUUUUCCGCGCUGUCAGUGAGUGCUUCAGCAAGCGGAGCAUGAGCUGUCCUCGCAGGCCUUGUACCGGUUUGGCUACACGGGAUAUAUGUCGUUCUGCCUCAUAUUUGAGUGCGGGUUCGUCUCCUCGUGCACUUUCUGUGUCGUAUCUUCCGCGUCUAGGUUUGACACUCGCCUUUCUAUGUGUUGUGGUUUCCCUGAACUCACAGCGUGUCGCUGACCAGCAUCCCGUGUUUCCUCAGAAAGGUGCUGCCUCACCAGCUGAGAUAUGAUUACACUAGUGGAGUAGACCACAGCGGCACAGCAUCAACCAUGCGUCACCUUUACUGAAGUAACUACCGUUGGUUGAGGUCCGGCGGUCUGAUCUAUAGGUGCACGUCACCUCAACAAGUCAACCGUAUCUUUAUGGAAAGAAAUGAGGCGCACGGUGCACGCCGCUGCACUAGUCCCGUGCCCUUGAUGUUGUUUCACAAUCGUCCUUUCAGAGGGUCAAAGGAGGAAUGUAAUGGCCUGAGGGGGUUCCCCCCACUACAACCUGCCCCUGCCAGGUCCAACCCAUCUCACCUGUCUGCUCGCUCACUGCAACCCUCUGCUGUGAUGGGAGACGGACUGGAGGCGGGCAGCAGCCAGCGCCUCCCUCCCGCCACGCCGCCUCUCCCCUUCAACCCCCCCCCUCCAGAAACAUGGAACCCUUCCAGGCCCAAACGACAGACCAACCAGCUACAGUACCUGCUUAAAGUGGUGUUGAAGACAUUAUGGAAACACCACUUUGCAUGGCCCUUCCAAGCACCCGUAGACGCAAUGAAACUUAAUUUGCCUGACUACUACAAGAUAAUAAGGAGUCCUAUGGACAUGGGCACCAUAAAGAAACGUCUGGAGAACAACUACUACUGGAAUGCCCAGGAGUGUAUCCAAGACUUCAACACAAUGUUCACAAACUGCUACAUCUACAACAAGCCUGGGGAUGAUAUCGUCCUUAUGGCCGAGGCUUUGGAAAAGCUCUUUCUGCAGAAGAUCACAGAGAUGCCGCAGGAAGAGGCGGAGAUCACCGUGGUCACUAAGGGGCGUCGAGUCGGGAGGCGAGAGCCCUCGCUGAUGACUAUGUCGGAUUCAGGCCAAGAGUCGUCCUCUCCGUCAACGACCCCGCACACGAGAGGCUUUUCAUCGCCCUCAACCACUCCACACACCCGUGGUACACCAACCCUCCCCUUAACCCAACCUUUACCUCAGCCCCUCGUCCAGCCCUUAACCCAACCUUUAACCCACUCCUUAUCUCAACCAUUACCCCAAACCGUACCGCAGCCAUUAGUCCAGCCUUUAGUCCAACCUUUAGUCCAACCUUUAGUCCAACCUUUAGUCCAACCUUUAGUCCAGCCAUUAGUCCAGCCUUUAGUCCAGCCUUUAGUCCAGCCUUUAGUCCAACCUUUAGUCCAGCCUUUAGUCCAGCCUUUAGCCCUGUCCCAAAUCCAGACACAACUCCCGCGGGUGCCUCCCACACCCACAAACCACGCUUCACAUCCUGGACCCCAGUUUGCCCUCUCUACCCCAGACGUUCUAGCCCCAGGCAUGACGUCUGUCCCCCCUCUGGCCAUGACGCACCCAGGCCUCCAUCCUCCACCGGUGCUGCAGAGCUCCCCGGCCCUCAUCAAGCAAAAGAAAAGCCAGAAGAGGAAAGCGGACACCACCACCCCCACCGCCAACGACCAGUUAAGCGAGUCGCCCCCAGUGUCCGACGUGACCCGGCCUCGCCGAGACAGCACCCGCCCGUUGAAGCAGCCCAAGCGGGACUCGUUGCAGCCGGACUCCCAGCAUCACAUGGGCGGAGGCCUGGAGGUGGGCGCCACGGCGACGUCCAAGCGCCAGGAUCAACUCCGCUUCUGCGCACGACUCGUUAGAGAGAUGCUGUCCAAGAAGCACAUGGCGUACGCCUGGCCUUUUCACAAACCCGUCGACGCCAAAGCUCUGGGCCUGCAUGACUACCACGAGAUCAUCAAGCACCCGAUGGAUCUCAGCACCAUCAAGAAAAAGCUGGAUAACAGGCAGUACAGAGACGCCGAAGAGUUCGCUGCAGACGUCCGGUUGAUGUUCUCCAACUGUUACAAGUACAAUCCUCCAGAUCACGACGUUGUUUCCAUGGCGCGUAAAUUACAGGAUGUGUUCGAGAUGCGCUUCGCCAAAAUGCCAGACGAGUCCGAAGGGCCCACCCCGGUCCCCACGCCGUCGUCGGCCCUCCUCUCCGUCCCCCCCACUCGACAAGCCCCUCCUACGUCUGCUGCGUCGGAAAACGACAGCUCGAGUUCCUCCGACUCCGAGUCGUCCAGAGGAGACUCGGAACAGGAACGACAACAGCGACUGGCUGAGCUACAGGAGCAGCUCAAAGCUGUUCAUGAGCAACUGGCGGCGCUCUCCCAGCCACCGACCAGCAAGCCCAAGAAGAAAGAGAGAGACAAGAAGGAGAAGAAGAAGGAAAAGCAUAAAAAGAAGCAGGAACCCGAGGAACCCGCAGAAACCUCUCCUCCCGCGACGCUUCAGACGUCUAAGAAAAGCAAGAGUAAAGAUCCCGUCACCAUAAAGGAGAAGAAGAAGAAGCAGCCCAGUAAGAAAGAGGACGUCAAAAACAGCCGGCCACCUCCGCCCCCUCCGUCAGGACCCGUCGCUCUUCUGCCUUCAGCGUCUCUGGAAGCGGAGGACGACAUCGAUCUUGGCUCUGGCAAGCCGAUGUCGUACGAGGAGAAGCGCCAGCUGAGCCUGGACAUCAACAAACUGCCCGGCGACAAGCUCGGCCGAGUCGUGCACAUAAUCCAGACGAGGGAGCCGUCGCUGAAAAACUCGAACCCCGAUGAGAUCGAGAUCGACUUUGAGACCCUGAAGCCGUCUACGCUGCGGGAGCUGGAGAAAUACGUUUCUGGUUGCCUCAAGAAGAAGAGAAAACCAUCAGUAGAGAAGUCUCUGGAAAUGACCAAGGUAAAGACAGGAUCUUCAUCUUCAGGCAGCAGUGACUCCUCAGACAGCGAGGACUCUGAAAAUGGGCUGGUUCCCAAGCAACAGAAGAAGACGUUACCCAACAAGGACUCCAAGAGAGGGAACCACCAGCCGCUUCCUCCUCCUCCUCUUCCUCCCAGUGGGAUGCUCCCAGUCGCCCCCGCGCCUCAAACACAACCCCAGCUGUUCCAGUCCAAGCCCCCGUUUGUAUCCGCUCCCUCUGUCCCGCCGCUGGACUCUUCUCAGCUGCUGUCCUCGGGAUUCGAUCCUCUGGCACAUUUCAUGAAUUCCCACCUGACAGAGUCAAACGCAGAGUCCGGCGCCGCCGUUACCACCGCCGGGGCGGGUUUACCCCCGGGCCUGCUGAAUGCAAACGCAGCCCUCAACCAGACGCCGACAGACACGCAUCCCUUCCUAAACCAGCAUCCCAUCGUUCCUUCCCCAGCCCUCCACAACGCUCUCCCCCAGCAACCAUCCAGACCUAGCAACCGCGCCGCGCCUCUUCCGCCCAAACCGCCGCAGCCUCCUCCAUCCUUGCUGCCUACCCUGCCUCCUCCGCCGCCCUCCACCCCCGCGCAGCUCCAACCCACACUUCCCUUGAGCCUCCCGCAGCCAGUCCACCGCCCACGCGUACCGUCGCCGCCGUCGCACGGCAUCCUGGGUACCCUCUCGGCUCAACCUCCUCAGGCGUUGCUGGAGGACGACGAAGAGCCUGUGCCGAACAGCUCCGAGACGCCGCCGCUCAGCCAGGUUCAUAACCUGCUGCAGUCGCUGCAGCCCCGGUCCACCAUGCCGCCGCAGCUGCAGCAGCCGCUGCACACACACUCGCCCGGCCAGCCCGCUUCCCAGCUCCUGCAGUCGAUACACACGCCGGGCUUGACGGCGGCACCGCCCACCCAGACGCAGAGACACGUCCCGGCUCACGUUCCCCAGCUGUUCCCAAAUUCCCAGACGGCGGCGCCGCAGCAGCUGAAGGGCGCCGUCUUGCAGCAGAAGGUCCAGCAGCUCCAGCAUCAGCAGCAGCAGCAGCAGCCGUCCCCACACAACACAGCAGAGGCCUUCUCAACUAAAGGCUGCCUGCGUGAAAGCCCCUCUCCUCUAAUGAUGCAUUCGCCUCAAAUGCCUCAGUUUCAUCCAGUGGGACAGCAGUCACCUUUACAGACCAAGAAGCAUGGGCAGAGGGCCAACCUGGUGGGAGUUAAAGAGGAGAAGCCUUCACAGUCUCCAGGUCCACCUUCAUCACCUUUCAGCCCUGCAAUCCGCCAAGACGCACACAAACAUGACAACAAACUCGGUUUGGAGAUAAAGCCGCUGGAUGGUUCUCGUCCCGUUUCCCGCCUCCCUAACUCCCCGUCGCCGCCCGCCUCCCAACCGGAGAACAAAAUCAAGCAAGAACCCAAGACCCCCAUCGCACCCAAAAAGACACCGGAUGUGAAACUAAAGAACAUGGGCUCCUGGGUCAGCCUGGCUCAUCGCUCCCAGUCUGCACCGACGUCAUCGCUGCGCUCGUCCAGCGACAGCUUCGAGCGCUACAAGCGUGUCGCCAUGGAGAAGGAGGAGCGGGAGAGACAGCUGAAAGCCCAGGCGGAGCAGGCCAAGAGAGUGCAGGAGAUGCUACGCCGCGACGACGACGACACAACGGAGCACAGUCGCCGGGGGCGACAGUCGCCCCUCGCUCCGACCCCUCCACCCGUCUCCUCUCCGCCCACUCACUCCCCUCAGCCGCCCCCGGCUCCCGCCAAGCAACAAGCUCCGCCCCCUCCGCCUGCGGCGGCGGCAGCACCAGCUGCAGCACACAGCGCUCUGGACCAGCAGAGGGACCGGGAGCGCCUCCGCGAACGGGACCGGCGCUUCAGAGAGGCCAUGGCGGACAACAUCGACAUCAAUUUCCAGAGCGACCUGAUGGCGAUUUUCGAGGAGAGUCUUUUCUGAAAAGGAAAAAAAAAAAAAAAAAAAAGCACGAGACGAGGACUUGAUAAGUUACAA